ACAGAAAUGAGAGGAGAGAGAGAGAGAGAGAGACAGUAAGAACUAACAGUGAUUUCUCUUAGAGAUUAACAAGAGAAUUCAGAGGGAGAGAUUGACACACACGCACACAAACACACACAUAUAAAGGAGUCAUUAAAAUACAGGGUGUAGGAGUUAGAGAAAAGAAGAAAAUAGAGCAGGAAAGAAAAACAAAGACAGUGUAUUUAUUUAUAUUUUUAGGAAGUUAUAAAACCAGAACACAAAAUCUGUAUCACAUAAGAACAAACCAUAAAGAACAAGACAGUUUAACCUAAAAUUAAACUACCUGUCUGAAACAGUUCUAGUCAACUGUGGACUCACAAGGACCCCUGAGAAAUUAAAAGUGGGAAGUGGUAUUCUCUGACUAUCUCUCUUGCUUAAGUUUUCUUGUCUAACUGCAGUUUUGGUCUGCCUUGCAAAAUGCCCAACUUUGCUGGGAACUGGAAAAUAAAGAGUUCUGAGUGUUUUGAAGAAUUGUUGAAGGAAUUGGGAGUUGGUAUAAUGUUUAGGAAAAUUGCAGUGGCAGCCGCAUCCAAACCAGCUGUUGAAAUCAAACAGGAUGGUGAGUCUUUCUAUAUCAAAACGUCCACAACGGUCCGCACUACAGAAAUUAACUUCAAGAUUGGAGAGGAGUUUGAAGAGCAGACGGUGGAUGGCAGGCCCUGUAAGAGUUUGGUAAAGUGGGAAACAGAGAACAAGAUGGUGUGUGAACAGAGAUUACUGAAGGGAGAUGGGCCUAAAACUUCCUGGACAAGAGAGCUGACAAAUGAUGGUGAAAUUAUCCUGACUAUGGCAGCCAAUGAUGUGGUUUGCACACGGGUUUACAUCCGAGAAUGAGUUUCCAGUGAUGGAAGAAUGACUCCACCAGCAACAUUUUUUCAAGCCUUCUUUCUAUUUUUACCUUUAAAAGAAAAUGGACCUAUCUUUCCUAUAGCUGUUGAGUAAAAUGAGAUAUUGUUGAUUUAAUGUUUAAAGAUAAUGUUGCUUCCUUCUCAAGUUCUGUGCAUUUGGGGGGGUAUCUCCCAUAAGUUUGACCACUGUAGUAUCUACUUCCCUUCACCCUGCACAGCUGUAGUUAAAUAGGGUGAACACCAACGUAAUCUUUUACAGUGACCAUUAAACAGCAAGUUAUUUGGGAUUAAAUCUCAGUGCUGAUGGUGCCCGACUGUGCUUACAACACUCACUGGAUCAGACUUACUACUGUUACUACAGAACAGUGGGGACUAAACAAGUAAAGAACGAGGUACUUUAUCCAGGAAGCUGGUAACAAAACUUUCUAUCAAUUACAACAGAAAUGGAAACCUUACAGUCUGGCACCAGGCUCUGAUACUUACUAGAAAUCCACAUGAGGCUAAAAAAAGUCUUACUGUGCACUUAUGUAAACUGAAAAAACUUGUCUUUAACUAGUAUUUAUAAUGGAAUGUCAGUAGAUUAACUGGCUUUCUUUGAUUUUUAUUGUGCUCAGAACGGCACAUGAAUGCCAGAUUCUGCUUCAUCUGAUCUGUGUAGGAUUUCAUUCUCUUCAUUUUAUACGUGUAUAUUAUGAAAAGCUGUUUAAUUGCAGUCAUGUAUUUUGAUAAAUAUAUCAGUUACAUUUAACUAGCUGUGUUGCAAUAGAUCUGCCCCCAUUUUCUGGGCAUGUAGUUCAAAAGACAUUUUAGCAAACAGAUGAUGUAGACAAACUAUGCUGCCAAGUGUUUUGGACUUUUUUGUCCUUCUUAUGUUACUGAAUGCAUUUUACUAUUUUUUAAUUCAAGACUGGAAAUGGACGGCACUUUUUGAAUGCUAGAUGUAUCCGUGAUGAAUUUAUUCACACAGAAGCCCUGCACUUUCAAAACAGGAAUAAGUGUUAUGAUUGGAGUGAAAUUAUGCCUUCCUCCAUAGUAUAAAAGUAGUUAAAUGUCUUGGGUGAAUCAAUCUGCUGCUAUCUGCAGUCAGAUUUAGUGCCAAAUCUGGAUUUCUCCAUGUGAUUUCUUAUGAAGACCAAAUGGUCCAUAGAACUAGGCUAUGGAAGUCAGUAGAUGGUCUUUGAUACUUUUACAAUUUGUGUCAAAAAAUACAAUUUGUGUUUUGCGUCAGACAAAUAUAGUUCUGUUUAGUAACGCACAUAACUUAUGUCAUUCCCUUGAUGUGUACAAACAUCUUUUUCCUGAAGAGUGAUGUAUAACAGCAUUCCCUGGUAGCCUGCCAGUGCUCUGACCAUGUGGUUUAAUGUGAUUUAAUAUCUCAUGGCUGCAUAACAGGUUGAGGGAAUCAUCUCUUGGCUGUUUGUUAGCACACAGUAAUUUCCCAUACUGCUUUGACAGAAUGUAUGCAAAUGUCUCCAAACAGAUAAGGGGUAUGCAAACAUAUCAGAAUUGUCUGGAAGAAUGUGAAGAAAUGUCUUCUAAUUGUUUACAGGAUUGUGUGUGAAUGAAUUAGCAAGAUGUGGAAUGUGUCAAACUUUGUCAGCAGAGUAAACAGUGAAUUGUGCUAUUCCUGAGAGCAAAGUAAGUCCGAUUUAAAAUGUGCACACCCAACUGAGUGCAUGUAGGACUCUACAUACAUACAUACAUACAUACAUACAUACAUACAUACAAAUGUUUCAAGCACGGGCAUUAAUGCCCUUCUAGCGUGCCAAUAGUGCUUAUAACGCAAAUCCCGCAACUAUAGAGAGAGUUAAAUGAUUUUUUUUUUCUGUAUCUACAGACUUCUCUUCAAUCUCACAUUGCUUGGACAACGUUCUGGAAAUGAACAGUAUUUUUUUUCUUUUCAUUGCUUUGAAUGUGUAUACAGCUCUAGACAAAGUUGUCCUUCGUUUGUAACAUCUCUCUAUUUUUUUUUUUAAGUUUUGUGAGCUAUUUAUUUGUAGUUUUUUUUUUAUAUACAGGAGGUCUUUUCCUUCUUGCCAGCAGCAAAUACAUUGUUGUCACCAUUAAUACUUAAAUAAAUGUUUUUGUUGAUA